AUGUAUGGUUCUUAUGGUCCUACCUCUCUUAUGAUGUACGAUCCUUAUGGAUCUACGGUAAGAUGUACUGGUUCGACUUUCAUGACAUACGGCACUCAAGUCUGUGUCACACAUGGGAAUAGCUUCCCAAAUGCUCAAUUUGCGCAUUGA